GUGUCAUGUCUCCAGGGCCUGUACAGUUGCCGCUGGCGGCGGCAGAGCUUGCCGCACCCUACCGACUGCUGCCGCAGCAAGCUGGAAGCCGCCGCUUUCUCCGCUCUAAUGGCAGCCUUCUCCCUCACCCUGCUUUUCCUCUACUUCUGGACGCAGGCCAAAAACGACUACGAUAACUUUGACUGGUUUAAUUUUGGCAGAAUGGGUUUCUGGUUCGCGUGGUCGAUGGUGGUGCUGGGAAUCGCUGCCCUGUUCUUCUCCUACAGUGCCGUGCUCAUGAUUCUUGCUGUGUGUUUGCUGUCAAUGGGCCAAAGACUAACUUUACACUGGAGUCACAAGAUCGGCGUGAUGGUGAGCUUGUUGUUUGCCAUUUCUGCCACCGCCGUCAUGUCGGAACUUUGGGGCCUGGAAUGGCUAACGGUGCUGCUCUCCUUUCAGGUCACUGCGCCGUACCUGCACGUCGGCGGUGUCGUGUUGAUGACGGUGCUGGCUUGGCCUACGGCGUUGCAUUUCUUCAGCUCGAUCGGCAGAAUAAAGCGGGUCUUGAUUUUGGUGGUGUACCUGUGUGUACUGUUGGCCCUUUACUUGGUCCCGCUCGGUAUGUAUUCUCCAUGCAUGAGAGAGGCCGGGACUCUGGGCCCCCCGCCGACUUUAAUCGGUCACAGAGGAGCUCCUAUGAUGGCACCCGAAAACACGCUGAUGGCUUUCGAGAAGGCGGUGGAGGCGGGAUGCGACGUUCUGGAGACAGAUGUCGUCACCAGUUAUGACGGUGUUCACUUCUUAAUGCACGACAGAACGUUGCAACGGACCACAGACAUUCAAAAAGUGUUUCCUGAGCUUUCCCACAAGAUUUCUGACAUGUUCUCAUGGUCGGAACUGAAGAAACUCAACGCGGGGGACUGGUUCCUCUCUAGCGACCCGUUCAACACGGUGUCCUCUCUGGGAGAAGACGAUCGUCGGCGGGCGGCACAGCAGUCUGUGUGCACGCUGGUGCAAUUCCUGGACUUGGCGGCCCGCACCGACAAGCUGGUCAUCUUUGACCUCUACGAACCCCCCGAAAAACACCCGUACAGAACUGAGUGGAUCCAACACACGGUGGACAUUAUCCUCCACAACUCCACUAUCAAGCCCUCACAGGUGCUGUGGUUGGAACCUCACCUUCGCCAAUUGGUUCAGGAAAUGGCACCAGACUUCCAGCAGGUAUCGGGUAAAGCGCUCCCUAUUGAUGAGCUCAAGAUGCAGAAUGUCUCCAGGCUCAACUUGCACUACACCGCCAUGUCCAGCCAGCUUAUCGGUUACUACGCGGCCGAGAACAUCACCACCAACCUUUAUGUGAUCAAUGAGCCUUGGAUCUACUCGUUGGCCUGGUGCGCAGGGGCCCACUCGGUCACCACUAACGCACCGCAUAUCUUAAAGGCUAUGAAGCAGCCCCUCUUCCUCAUGACUCCUACUGAAUAUAAGAUCAUGUGGCUCGUCACUGAUGUGGUGUCACUGCUGCUCAUUAUACUCCUCUUUGCUUUUCACAGGUGA